GGAACGGGAACCGCCAGAAACGCGCAUGCGCCGAGAGAAGCAGAGCCGCGAGUGCGCGUGCCGAAGUGAACAGCGGCGCUUUGGCAGCCGAGAGAGCAAUUGCGCCGCCGCCGCCAGUGCGGGGAGCGUCGCGCGCAUGCGCGUUGGGCGGGCUGGCGGCGGAGGGGAAUUACAAUGGAAGAUGAGGAGGUCGCCGAGAGCUGGGAGGAAGCGGCCGACAGCGGGGAAAUAGACAGGCGGCUAGAAAAAAAGCUGAAGAUCACCCAGAAGGAAAGCAGCAGGAAAUCCAAGUCCCCGCCUAAAGUGCCCAUUGUGAUCCAGGACGACAGCCUUCCCUCGGGGCCGCCUCCGCAGAUCCGGAUCUUAAAGAGGCCUACAAGCAACGGGGUGCUCAGCAACCCCAACUCUGCCAGCCGGCCAGCCCUCCCGGUGAAGACGUUGGCACAGAGGGAGGCUGAAUACGCCGAAGCCCGGAAGCGGAUCCUGGGCAGCGCCAGCCCGGAGGAGGAGCAGGACAAGCCCAUCCUCGACAGGCCCACAAGAAUCUCCCAGCCAGGGGAGGCCCGGCAGCCCAGCAAUGUGAUCCGGCAGCCGCUGGGCCCCGACGGCUCGCAAGGCUUCAAGCAGCGCAGAUAGGAAUGGCCGUCCGGCCGACUUGGCGGCACUCGAGCGGGCACCUCCCCCACCCUGGGCUGCGCGGUGGCGGCAGUGGACACACGAACCUGAGCAGGGGGAAACUACCCGGGUGACUUGCACUGUGAUCUCCUCCUCCUCCCCUCCCCUUUGCUCUGCCUCCUGUGCCCUUCUGCCCCUGGCACUGUGACCCCCGCCUGCCGCUUCCCCCACUGGGAUUGGCAUACUGAGGGGGCGGGGGCACGGCAGGGCAGGCUUCUCCAGGUUGCUGGGCUUGCCCACACAGCCACGCCUGCCAAAGCCAGCACCAGCAAUAAUAGUAAUAAUAAACGUUUGCGUCUCCGGGCGGGAUGGCAGAAGGGCCGGGUGGCAUUCUGCUUCUGGGAAUGUGCAUGUCUGUCCAGGUUGCUUGAGGAGCUAGGCUCGGCGGGAGGCGUGCACAGAACUGCAUUGGUUUGCUUUCUGGGAACCGGAGGGGAAGAAGACGCCAGUGACGAAGGGGCGGGUGUGUUCGCUGUUUGGCUUGUUUAUCUCAGAAGCGGGAGUUGGCAUAGUUUCGAAGAGAAGCGAAAUGGAUUUUGAGGCACUUCAGAUAGUAGUGGGGAGAGGUUUUCGCGUGCCCGGCUUCCCCUAUCCGCUGCUGCUGCUGCGAAGCAGAUGGAAAGGGCUCUCAGCCGCCUGCGUGGUGGGCUUUGGCGAGGCCUCUGGCUUGGGGUGACUCGUCUUGGCCUGCACCCCUGGCCUGGAGGGUGGAGGGGCCGUGGCCAGUGCCUCCCUCAACUGCUUGUGCUGCUUCCAGGCGGAGGGUGGGCAGGUGCUUUUUGCCACUGGGGCGAUGAGCUUCCCCGGCCUUAGACUAGUUUAGUUUCCCUACUGCUGUCCUCUGCUGAGGCCAUGAAAAGGGAUAGGGGGAACCCCGUGGCCCAGCGAUGCUUGUGCUGGCCAGAGUCGGAAGCCGUGGCAGGCGAGCUGUGAGCCGUGGGCCAGGAUCGUGGCCUUGUUGCUCCAGGUGUGCUUCCGGUCCUGUCCCGGGUCAGUUUGCCACCAGGGGGCAAAGGAGCUGGGCACAAGCAAUAGCUGCCAUGCGGGGCAGGGAAUGGAUUGCCUUCCCUUGCAAAGUGGGACGGCGUCGGGCUCAGCUGCUGCAUGUCUUGCAGAACUGUGUUUCAGACGCUGCCGAGUAAGCAGCUUCUUCUGCGUUGCUUUUCUAACUCAGACAGAAUCAGUUGGUUUUUCCUCAAGCAACAAGAAGCCCCUGGUUGGGCCCAAUCCCUGGCGUGUAGCCAGCAGCUCCAUGUAUGCUGGCCCAGGUCUGCUGCGUUGUAGGUGCUCCUAAGGGCCGAAGCGGUUGGGCCUCCCCCGUCCUCUCUAGUAGCCAUAUUGGGGAGGGGCUCCCCCAGCACCCCCCUCUCUGAGUGACUGUGGGCCUGCUUGCUUCACUGUGUUUCCAGAGUCUGCCUUUCUCUCUCUCUUUCUCUUUCUCUCUCUCUCUUUUUUGGUUUUACUGUCUGGUUUUGGAGGAUCUCCUGGGUGGGAUAGUGGGGUAGGCGGGAGCUGCUUUGACUGGUUUUGGGCCAAGUGCCCAGCGCACCGCAGCGAUGCCUCCUCUUGUGCUGGAACGGAAGCGGAACUUUUGCCUACUUUGGGAGGGGGUGGGAGUUGUGGGGAAAGGUGUCUUGUUUGUACAUCAACCCGAGACAUGUACAAAAAUAUUGCAGAAUAAAUAACUGGUCAAAAGAGUAAUAAUAACAAUAAAACUACCUGUGUACAAAAAGUGAAAGACACGAUGGACCGUUGCUGUGUUGAAUUUGCUCCCUUCCUCCGUUUGGUUCCUCCAGUGGCUUCCUUCAGCCUCAUGGGCUGCUCUGCGCCGCUUUGCCAGAGCACUGGCAGCAAGAUAGUCUCCUCCUCGUCCUCCUCAGGAGCGCUGGGCCUUGGGAGAGCUUGACAUUUCUGCAGGACCCUGACCCUUGGAUGGCUUUUGUAACAUGGCCCUGACGCUUUCUUUCCGGGUGUAGCGAGGGAGGUGGGAGAGAGAUAGUUAUCCCUCCUGCCCAAGAGUAGGGAGAAAUAUGUGAGCAAUAACUGCCUGGCAUCACCAUGACUUUCCUUAACUCUGCUUUGGGAUUGGUUGCCCUGCGGGAAGUGCCGUCUUUGGCUGCUGCUGCUGCUGCUCCACCCAACUGCUCUUCUCUGGCUGCCUCCUUUCUUCCAUUUAGGAUUAAGUCUCCCCCAUCUCCCCCAGAGCUGUACUUACCUACUUGCAAGUUGCUCCUAGGAGGAGGGCCCAAGCCCCACCAAGAAGAAAGGCGGUUACUGCUGUGCCACCAGCUGCACCAUGGUCAAAAGGGGGGGGGUGCUUCCAUCCUGCAGGCAGGGAGGUGGCACCCUUUUCGCUGUCUGCCAUUGGGGGGCUUCUCUGGCACGGACAAUGGGGCUACGGUCUUGUCCAGGAAUCAGUGUUGGAAUAAGUUGAAGGCCCUCUUCGGGGGGGGGGAGUGUGUGGUUGUGUGUGUGUGUUAGAAAGGGGGGCACUUCUUAGGGUGUGUGCAUGUGUUCCCACAUGGCAAGCAAAGAGGCUCCACCAGCCCACAGCCAUCCUACAUAUGCAGACAAAACAUUUUAUAAAUGUAUUUUAAAUAAAUGUGUUAACUUUUAA